ACAAAGGCCAUGUUCAGUACCAGCGCCAAAAUAGUGAAGCCCAAUGGCGAGAAGCCAGACGAGUUCGAGUCUGGGAUCUCUCAGGAAAUCGAGGUGGGUGGCAGCAGGAAAGCCAUCAUCAUCUUCGUUCCCGUUCCUCAGCUCAAGUCCUUCCAGAAGAUCCAGGUGCGUCUGGUGAGGGAGCUGGAGAAGAAGUUCAGCGGGAAGCACGUCGUCUUCAUCGCACAGGUGAGCCCACCUGGGGUCAAAGGUCGGGCUGGGAGCUAG